AUGACUGAUCGGCCAACGCUUGUUCCACCUCCUCCUAUCAAUUCCUCGAAAUCUGCCAUCGAGAAUGUAUUAGAGCUUCGGGAGCUGAGUCAAAUUGCGCCAGAUAUCUUCACAAAUACUCACCCCUUAUGGCAUCCCCCCGGUGCACGAGGCAUAUACGGAGGGGCAAUUAUCGCACAAUGUCUUGCAGCCGCACAAUGCACGGUCCCGCAUAACUUCACGGUACACAGCAUGCACUGCUAUUUUGUUUUAGCUGGAAACUCCGAUCUGCCAGUCAUGUACUACGUCGAACAUGUUCGUGAAGGUCGCUCGUUCGCUACUCGCACAGUACAAGCACGCCAAAAGGGGAAAUGUAUAUUCACAACCACUAUGUCAUUUGUGAGGGAAAACAGUGGAGGGAAGCAAAAAGUAGAACAUGCGGUUCCAAUCCCCAAGAAUAUCAGACAACCGAAUGAGGAUGAAGAGUUGUUACAGAUGGAAAUGCGGACUGAUAGCCCAUUUGUUAGUCAGAGACUCGAGAUUUUGAAUGGGGAGACUGGGCGACCGCAUGAGCAGAGAACCCGGCAGUGGAUCAAAGCAAGAGGAAGGAUCAGUGAUGAAGGUGGACAUCAGGCGCAUUUGAAUGCAUUGGCUUAUAUGAGUGAUAGCUACUUCAUUGGAACUGUUGGGAGAAUACAUAAGCUGUGGAGAUAUGGCAGUGAAGAAAAGAAAAAGAAGGAGACCGCAGAAGAAAACGAAAACGAUAAGUAUAUGAAGAAAUUAAAAGAAGCAGAAGGAUUUGGGGAUGAUUUGAACAACGAAAAGAGAAGGCCAGAGGUUGGGAUGAUGGUUAGUCUAGACCACACUAUAUAUUUUCAUGAGCCUAGGAAGUUUAGAGCAGACGAGUGGAUGUUUACGGAGAUGUCAAGUCCAUGGUCUGGAGAUGGGAGAGGAGUGGUCACCCAGCAUAUGUUCACUAAGGAUGGAACAUUGAUCGCUACUUGUUUUCAGGAGGGUGUUGUGAGACUUAACCAAGAUGGAACAGAGAAAGCCAAGAUCUAA